CCCUGCGAGAAGAGCAGGGCUGGGCUGUGGGGACCGGGGACAGGGACUGGGAGGUGGAGCCCCGACAGACUGAGGGAUGGGACGGGGAACGGAGAGGGGACAGCGGGGCAGGGGCCGUGUGCUCUAGGGCGCAGCUAGAGAUGGGGUUCAGCGGCCCGGGAAAGGGAGGGAGCAGAAAGGGGCGGAGCCUCUGCUGUGGCGGAGGCGGGGUCCUCUGUCGGGGGUGGCUGUGGCGAGGGGCGGGGCCCCAGGGACCUUGGGGGCAGGUUUGGCGUGGGGAUGCGGAGAGCAGGCGGGAGAUUUGCAGGGAGGAAGAGAGGGAGGGGGGUCGGGGUGCGGGCACCCCCGCCGCCGGCCCUGCAGCCCCGUUCAGCCCCUGAGCGACCCCAUCACGGGCUGCUGUCCUGGCGCUGCCCGCGGCCCCCGCUCCGGGCGGGUGGCGGGGGGCGCUGCAGCGGAGCUGUGUGUUCCCAGCGCAAAAUAGACUCCGGUUGUCAUGGCAACGCGUGCGCUGAGACGCAGGCCGGGCGGGGGUGCGGAGGGGACACCUGCAUCCGGAAGGCGGGGGCAGGGGCACCGACGCCCGUCCGGGGCUCCUGGGUCCCCGGGGCUGCGACGCCGGGCUGGGACGGGACCUGCGGGGGUCGCGGCGGGGGGGGGGCGGCCGAGGGCUCUGUCCACCCCCGGGGGCCCGGGAUGCUGCCCAGGGCCUCUCCGCCGGGUGGGGAUGCUGGCCGGGGGCUGUGGAGUCCCGAGUCCCGGAUCUCGGAGACUGCAGAAUUCUGGAGCGCCAGAUCCAGUUCAGCCUUGGUCCCUGGACUCCGGGCUCAUUCAACCAGCUGUGCCUUAGCUGAGCACCAUCGGCCAGCCACACCUCAUCCAUCCAGAAGCCCCGCUGCUGCGUUCAUCUCCAGUACCAGACCCCACUGCCUCGCCCCACGCCCCUGGAAAAGGCCCCAGCACUGCUGGCUGGGUGCCUCAGGCAGCCUCCUUCAUCCCAGCUGGAGCUGGACCCCUCCUCUCCUCCUGCUUUGUAAACUGUGAUCCGACCGUG